AUUGAAGGAUGCAGAUAAGAUAGAUUGUAGUAACUAUAUAACUAUACGAUAUGAAAAAAAAUCAUAGUCGUUUUUGUUAAGUUGAAAAUAUGGGAAGGAACGCCAAUAUUUUUGUAGUUUUUGCACUAAUUGCUGUGAGUCUGAAAUGGACCGGGGCAGAUCACCAAGAGUACCCUGGUACUGAAACAAGACCAGUUCUGUCCGAUUCUGAAGCAUCCAGGUAUACCCAGGAGACGGUUUUUGGUGACUGGGGUCCACAGCUCAUCGUUGUUCCCGAUGUUCCAGAUUAUACAGUAAAAGUUGGAGAGUCUAUACAGAAAGUGGUUAAUCAAGCUUUCCUGGAUGGUGGUGUGGACAGGAAGUUUAUCAAAAUCGAACCUGGAACUUACGAAGAAUUUGUGUACAUUAAAGGCGAUGUCCCUCUGACAAUCUACGGAGGAGGAAACUCCGCUGAAGACGUGAUCAUUGUCCAAAACAUAAGCGCCAGCAUCCAAGCAGAAGGAUACGUGAAUUUGGUCAAUCCAAAUGGCGAACGUUAUCAAGAAGGCGAUUCAGCCUGGGACAUUUACAAUGGAUGCGCAACCAAAUCUGGAAACUUGGGAAGCUGCGCUACGGUGCUCUGGAUCGAGAAUGAUGAAUUUAUGAUGACAUUGGUUACGGUCCAAAAUACCGCUGUCGAUGUUCAAGGUAUCGCUGUUCAAGUUGAUGCUGACAAGAUUAAUUUAAUGUUUAACCGGUACUUGGCUGCACAAAACACUCUGUAUUUGGGCGCCCAUCCAGAGCAAAGGAUUCAUAUUCAUGGCUCCUACGUCGAAGGUCAAACAGAUAUCAUUGUUGGACAGGGUGCUGCCGAAAUACAUCUUUCAACCGUGAAAGUAAUUGGCAAUGAAAAUAUCGAACACCCUGUUAUAUUUGCUCCUAGUACUCCAGCUACGCAAACUUUUGGAUUUUUGGUAUACAAUAGUACUCUUACAGGUGAUGCGAGUUAUCUGGGAUCAAACAAGGUUUAUCUUGGAAGGGCAUGGGAUUCUGGCAUCGAAAAAUCCGACGACUACGUUCCAGGUGUUUCCCCAAAUGGUCAACUAGUAAUAAAGGCUUCUCAAAUUGAUGCUAUCACCAACGUAGAACAACCCUAUGCUCCAACUUCUACCAGCGGCAGACUAUUCUCAACUGAUCUUAAGGAAGAUAGAGAUCUGGAUGACAACACGCACAACAGAUUCUGGGAAUAUAAAAAUUAUGGAGAUAAUGCUUGAAUAACUAUGCCAAAGAGUUUUUUGUUAUGAAUACUUGCCAUAAUGGAAAAUAAACAUAAAAUAUUUAAUAAUA